UAUCUUCUCAUUUUGUAAUUUAUCAACUAUAAAAUAACAAUAUAUUCUAUUUGUUAACUUUCACAUUAUUCGAUAAUGUCGAAACAAUGAGAGCGUGAAAGAAGAACGAUUUUCGAAUGGAUUAGUUUGAAUUGAAACUUGAUCGAUGAUACAUUAUCUUUUACUCUUUAUAAUCAUUUCUGAUAAAUUUUAAUAUGUUUAAAUUUUUUCAUUUAUAUUUUCAUAUAAUUUUUCUCGUUAUUACAAGUGUUUCGAAUAAGGAGUAUAAACUUCCUUCAGAUGUAGUCGAAAAAUUAUGGAGAAAAUCAACCGAUGAAAAUUACUAUGGAGGAAUUGCAGUGAAGAAGCAACUAUUCCAAGAUAUUUUUAUGGAAGAUCAAAAAAAUGAUAAAUUACAAUUUGGCUAUGUUUGCGAAAAUCCAAUUCAAUGGGAACAAAGAUUCGAAGAAAAAGAUCUUUCGAAUAAUCGUCAUCGUGGAAAGGUUACAUGGGGCGAUAUGGAUGGUAAUUAUGGCGAACAUUAUUGGGACAUAAAUCAUAAAUAAAUGUUGAAGUAGUGAUAAUU